AUGGCUCAGGUUGUCAAGUGCAAGGAGUUCACCUUCCACACUGGCUACGAGGUGCUUGUACAGCGGCUGUUGGAUGGGAAGAAGAUGUGCAAAGAUGUUGAGGAUUUGCUCAAGCAGAGAGCACAAGCAGAAGAGAGAUAUGGGAAAGAGCUGAUUCAGAUUGCUCGAAAAGCAGGAGGACAAACAGAAAUCAACACACUGAAGGCAGCAUUUGAGAGGCUCAAGCAACAAAUUGAAAGUGUUGGAAACUCUCAUAUCCAGCUGGCAGUAAUGCUGAAGGAUGAACUAAAAGGAAUAGAGGAGUUCCGAGAAAGGCAGAAGGAGCAAAGAAAAAAGUACGAGGUUGCGAUGGAGCGCAUGCAAAAGAGCAAAUUGUCCCUGUAUAAGAAAACAAUGGAGGCGAAGAAGACCUAUGAACAGAAGUGCAAGGAAGCAGAUGAGGCUGAGCAGUCCUUUGAACGGACAAGUGCUUCAGGCAACCCAAAACAAAUGGAGAAGAGCCAGAACAAAGCCAAGCAAUGCAGAGAUGCAGCAAAUGAAGCAGAGAACGUGUACAAACAGAACAUUGAGCAGCUGGAUAAGGUCAGGACAGAGUGGGAACAGGAACAUAUCAAAACCUGUGAGGUCUUCCAGUUCCAGGAGCGUGACCGCAUCACCACCCUCCGCAACUCGCUGUGGGUUCACUGCAACCAGCUCUCCAUGCAGUGUGUGAAGGAUGAUGAGCUGUAUGAAGAGGUUCGAGUAAGCUUGGAGAACUGCGUUGUAGAGUCGGACUUAGACUACUUCAUUAGGACUAAAAUGACAGGAACACAACCUCCAGAUGCAAUAGGAUAUGAGAACUACUACAGUAGAGAACCAAACAGAAGCAACAGCAGCCCAACCCAGACUUGUGGGAUGAUGAAAAGAUUCUCUGAACUACUGCAUGGAAGCAGCAAAAACAAUAUGGAAAGUGCCUCUCCUUCAGCCCCUCCUCUUGGAGAGAAAACAGACCAAGUCUAUGCAUCCAUUUUUGUAAAUGAACAAGCUGCAAUCACAUCAUCACAGGACUACAGAGUACUUUAUGACUACACGGCCCAGAACAUGGAUGAACUGGACAUCAGCGAAGGAGACAUUGUAGUUGUCGUUGAAGAAAAUGAGGAUGGCUGGUGGACAGCAGAAAGGAAUGGGCAGCGAGGCUUUGUGCCAGGGUCUUAUCUUGAAAAGCUUUGA